CUUUUUUCCGCAGUUCCUCCCAACGCUCAUCGCCCAGCUUCCGGGGCUAAAAAUUUGUCAUUUGCCAAUCAGGACGGGUCUAUUUGCUAUCGCCAGCAAGUUGUAAGAAAUAGCUGAGUGCAAUGCAGCAGCACACGGGCUCGAUUCUGAGCCGGAUCGUGGCGCUGAAAGAUGUGUCGCCGUUCGUGCUGCUCCAGGAUGCGCCUGAGCAGACGGCGAAGUACGUCCUGCUGGAGUUUGUGCACCGGAACAAGGAGCGGUCGCCGGCGGAGUUUAGGAUCGUGUAUCUGUCGUUCGAGACGCCGGAGAGGGCGGUGAAGGGGAUGCUGGGGCCGGUGCGGAAUGUCGAGUUUGUUGCGUGCAGACGGAUGGCGCAUGCUGCGAUUCAUCAGAAAGUCGCGUCGUUGAUCUCGAGUAAUCAGAAAUCUUUAAUAGUAAUUGACUCCCUCAACAGUAUCAGAUCCGGCGCCCUCGCGUCGUUCAUCGCGCCUCUGAUCCGUCCCCACUCAACCCUCGUCGCGGUCCUACACAACUUCCCCACCGCGACCCGCUACGACAUGACAAAACCCACAGGCAGCACCCAGAAAUCCUCCUACGCGCCCUCGCUCAAAACACAAUUACUCUACCUCGCAACCACCAUAAUCACCGUCUCGCCAACCGCGAGAGCAGACAUCGACGAAGACGAGAUCGCGGCGGGGACGUAUCUCGUCCCGCUCGGCGCGCACGCACGCACAUGUCUUCUUGAAUUCGUGCAUCGACGCAAGUCCGGCCGGGCGGUCGAGGGAACGUUCGAGUUUGACUUCGCGAGACACGAGUUCACGUACCUUCCGCCGCGGCGCGCGCAGAGUAAAGCCGACGAUGGACAAGGCGAGGCGCUGAUUGAUGGGUUGACGACGUUUAAUCUCGGGACUACGGAGAAGCAGAGACUCGCGAGGGAGAACGUGGAGUUGCCGUAUCUUGCGGCGCAGGAGGGGGAAGUGCUGGGCGCUUCGGUUGGGGGCGCGAUUGUUUAUCAGUUUGAGAAGGAGGACGACUAUGACGAAGAGGAUCCGUAUGAGGAUCCUUUUUAAAAUAUAACUGUAUAUAUAUUAUUUGACAAACACACAGCAGCUCACGACUGCGUCUCACUUUUGAUCAUCUCAAAAACAUCCACCAUAUCAGAAACACAAAGAUCAGGCCCGCGCCCGCGACCGGCGCGUACUGCCGUAUCAUGGCGUCAAAGUUGAUUUUCUUGGCCGCCUUGCGGUACUUUGACGACUCGGCCCGCAGCGAGGACGACAGGUUGGUCAUGCGGUCGAGGGAGUCGCCGCGGUAGAGCAGGUCCUCGAUGUUUUUCGUCAUCACCCGGGUUACGUCUUGCAGCUCGGCGUUCAGUUUGUCGAGGUUGACUGAUGUCCGGGUGUCUUCGUAGACUCGUCUUGUUUUUUGGAUGUAGUUUUCUG